GGAGCAGGAAGAAGAAGAGGAAGGCUGGGGAGGGGGGGCGCUCCCUCUCUGGCUACUGACACCGCUACCUGUUGGAGAAGCACCCUGUUCAAAGAGGGGCCGGAUUUGGAUCCAAGUGUCCCCAAGAGCCCCCUUCUUCCUUCCUCCCUUCCUCCCCGACACAGAGACACUUCUCGUCCCUUCUUCUCUCUUUCAACUCUCCCGAUUUAUCGCCCGUCGCCAAUUCAUUGACGACCCCGCACCCUCCAGCCCGCUGCUUUCCCCCUUUCCUGAGCUGGGAGAUGACUCUGUCAGGCAACCUGAGCGCCAACGACAUGUCCGGCCAGACGGUGCUGACGGCGGAAGAUGUGGACAUCGACGUGGUGGGUGAGGAGGACGACUGCCUGGAGGAGCGGGACGGCGGCGGCGGAGGCAGCGACCUAGAGGCCGGCGGCAGCCCCCCCGGCGACGGCUUGGCUCGGUUGCCCGCCUCGCUUGCUUUGGACGAGGCGGCCGAGCUGCUGAUGGCCAAAGAGGCGGCGGAGAUGAGCUCCGGCAGCAGCAGCAGCAGCCUCGGCGGGAGCCCCGUCGAGGAGAAGGGGAGCGAGGAAGGCUCGGCGCCGGGCGCGCCGUCCGGGGCGGCGGCGGCGGCGGCGGGCGCUGCGGCUGCUGCCUCCAGCGGCGGCAAGCCCAAGAGCAGCCUGGUGAAGCCGCCCUAUUCCUACAUCGCACUGAUCACCAUGGCCAUCCUGCAGAGCCCGCAGAAGAAACUGACGCUGAGCGGCAUCUGCGAGUUCAUCAGCAACCGCUUCCCUUACUACCGGGAGAAGUUCCCGGCCUGGCAGAACUCCAUCCGCCACAACCUCUCGCUCAACGACUGCUUCGUCAAGAUCCCCCGCGAGCCGGGCAACCCGGGCAAGGGCAACUACUGGACGCUGGACCCGCAGUCCGAGGACAUGUUCGACAACGGCUCCUUCCUGCGCCGCCGCAAGCGCUUCAAGCGGCACCAGCAGGAGCAGCUGCGCGAACAGACGGCGCUCAUGAUGCACAGCUUCGGCGCCUACAGCCUGGCCGCCGCCGCCGCCGCCGCCGCCGCUUCUUCUUCGGGCCCCUACGGCCGAGCCUACGGCCUGCACCACGGCGCCUACCCGCACCCGGCCGCCUUGCAGUACCCCUACAUCCCGCCCGUCGGGCCCAUGCUGCCGCCCGCCGUGCCCCUCCUGCCCUCGGGCGAGCUGAGCCGGAAAGCCUUCAACGCGCAGCUCAGCCCCAGCCUCCAGCUCCAUCUCAGCGGGCUCGGCGCCGUGGCCGGUUCGGGCCCCGCGGCCGGCGGGGUCAAAGCCGAGCCCAGCGGCCGGCCUUCUUUCAGCAUCGAGAAUAUCAUCGGGGCGGGCGCCGGGCCGGCCGUCAGCUCUUCCUCGGCCGUCAGCGCCCAGACGUUCCUCCGGACGCCCGUCACCGCGCAGUCGGGUUUGCUGGCCCACCAGCCGCUCUCGCUGGCCAGGACCACGGCGGCCAUCGCGCCCAUCCUCAGCGUGCCUACAAACAUUCUCUCCGGACAGUUCCUGCAGCCCGCCGCUUCGGCCGGCGCGGUCCAGGCCAAGUGGCCGGCGCAGUAG